GGGCGGGGGCGGGGGGGCACCGUGACAGGAAGCUUCGCGCACAACUUGGCCAUUUCGGGGGCAAAAUAAGUUCUCCCUUGGAUUUGGAAAAGGACAAAGGCAGCCCGGCUACCUCUUUUGUGUCGGAUGAAGAGGACCAACCAUGAGCCAGAGCCCGGGUUGCAGGCUCACCGCUGCCUCUGCCACCUCGGUCAGCUCCAGUCCCUGUCGGGAGUUGUCAGUGCCAGGAAUUUGGUGACAGGCUACUUUAGUCUGAUCCUCCCUAUUUGAAGGUCAGCCAAAAGGUUCACUUUGGAAAUGAGAGAGGAAGACUAGUGGGCAACACUGGCUCCACCCAUUUACACCUCCCAGAAAUAAAGAAAUGGGAUCCGUAAAGAUGUUGACAAGACUGCAAGUUCUUACCUUAGCCUUGUUUUCCAAAGGAUUUUUACUCUCUUUAGGGGAUCAUAACUUUUUGAGGAAAGAGAUUAAAAUAGAAGGCGACCUGGUUUUAGGGGGCCUAUUCCCUAUAAAUGAAAAAGGGACUGGCACUGAAGAAUGUGGGCGAAUCAAUGAAGACCGAGGGAUUCAACGCCUGGAAGCCAUGUUGUUUGCCAUUGAUGAAAUUAACAAAGACAAUUACUUACUACCAGGAGUGAAGCUGGGGGUUCAUAUUUUGGAUACAUGUUCAAGAGACACCUAUGCUCUGGAGCAAUCCCUGGAAUUUGUCAGAGCAUCCUUGACUAAAGUGGAUGAAGCUGAGUAUAUGUGUCCUGAUGGAUCGUAUGCCAUUCAAGAAAACAUCCCAUUGCUCAUUGCAGGGGUCAUUGGUGGCUCCUACAGCAGUGUUUCCAUACAGGUGGCCAACCUGCUGAGACUCUUCCAGAUCCCCCAGAUAAGCUACGCCUCCACCAGCGCCAAACUCAGCGACAAGUCCCGGUACGAUUACUUUGCCAGAACGGUGCCCCCCGACUUCUACCAGGCCAAAGCCAUGGCCGAGAUCUUACGCUUCUUCAACUGGACCUACGUGUCCACAGUGGCCUCCGAGGGUGACUACGGAGAGACCGGGAUCGAGGCCUUCGAGCAGGAAGCCCGCCUGCGAAAUAUCUGCAUCGCCACUGCCGAAAAGGUGGGUCGCUCCAACAUCCGCAAGUCCUACGACAGCGUGAUCCGGGAGCUGCUGCAGAAGCCCAACGCCCGGGUGGUGGUUCUCUUCAUGCGCAGUGACGACUCCAGGGAGCUCAUCGCCGCCGCCAGCCGCGCCAACGCCUCCUUCACCUGGGUGGCCAGCGACGGCUGGGGCGCGCAGGAGAGCAUCGUGAAGGGCAGCGAGCACGUGGCCUACGGCGCCAUCACCCUGGAGCUGGCCUCCCAGCCCGUCCGCCAGUUUGACCGCUACUUUCAGAGCCUCAACCCCUACAACAAUCACCGCAACCCUUGGUUCCGGGACUUCUGGGAACAGAAGUUCCAAUGCAGCCUCCAGAACAAGAGAAACCACAGACGACUUUGCGACAAGCACCUGGCCAUCGACAGCAGCAACUAUGAGCAAGAAUCCAAGAUCAUGUUUGUCGUGAACGCAGUGUACGCCAUGGCGCAUGCGCUGCACAAAAUGCAGCGCACCCUCUGCCCCAACACCACCAAGCUCUGUGAUGCCAUGAAGAUCCUGGACGGGAAGAAGCUGUACAAGGAUUACUUGUUGAAAAUCAACUUCACAGCUCCAUUCAACCCAAACAAUGAUGCAGAUAGCAUCGUCAAGUUUGACACUUACGGAGAUGGAAUGGGACGAUACAACGUAUUCAAUUUCCAGUACCUGGGUGGAAAAUAUUCGUACUUGAAAGUUGGUCACUGGGCUGAAACCUUAUCUCUAAAUGUUGAUUCUAUACACUGGUCCAGAAACUCAGUUCCCACUUCCCAGUGCAGUGACCCCUGUGCCCCCAAUGAAAUGAAGAAUAUGCAACCAGGUGAUGUCUGCUGCUGGAUCUGUAUCCCCUGUGAGUCUUAUGAAUACUUGGCUGAUGAGUUUACCUGUAUGGAUUGUGGGCCUGGACAAUGGCCCACUGCAGAUCUAUCUGGCUGCUUUGACCUUCCUGAGGACUACAUCAAGUGGGAAGAUGCCUGGGCCAUUGGCCCAGUCACCAUUGCCUGCCUGGGUUUUAUGUGCACGUGCAUAGUUAUAACAGUUUUUAUCAAGCACAACAAUACGCCCUUGGUCAAGGCCUCGGGUCGAGAACUCUGCUACAUCUUGUUGUUUGGAGUGGGCCUGUCCUAUAGCAUGACAUUUUUCUUCAUUGCCAAGCCCUCUCCUGUCAUCUGUGCAUUACGUCGGCUUGGGCUGGGGACUUCCUUUGCUAUCUGUUAUUCAGCCCUACUGACCAAGACAAACUGCAUUGCUCGAAUCUUUGAUGGGGUUAAGAAUGGAGCUCAGAGGCCAAAAUUUAUCAGCCCCAGUUCUCAGGUUUUCAUCUGUCUGGGUCUGAUACUGGUGCAGAUUGUGGUGGUGUCUGUGUGGCUCAUCCUGGAAGCUCCAGGCACAAGAAGGUAUACCCUUCCAGAGAAGCGAGAAACGGUCAUUCUAAAGUGCAAUGUCAAGGAUUCCAGCAUGCUGAUCUCUCUCACCUACGACGUGAUCCUGGUGAUCUUAUGCACUGUGUACGCCUUCAAAACAAGGAAGUGCCCGGAAAAUUUCAAUGAAGCCAAGUUCAUAGGUUUUACCAUGUAUACCACCUGUAUUAUCUGGCUGGCCUUCCUCCCUAUAUUUUACGUAACAUCAAGUGACUACAGAGUGCAGACAACAACCAUGUGUAUCUCUGUUAGCCUGAGUGGCUUCGUGGUCUUGGGCUGUUUGUUUGCACCCAAAGUUCACAUUGUCCUGUUCCAACCCCAGAAGAAUGUGGUAACACACAGACUGCACCUCAACAGGUUCAGUGUCAGCGGAACAGGGACCACAUACUCUCAGUCCUCUGCAAGCACCUAUGUUCCGACGGUGUGCAAUGGGCGGGAAGUCCUCGACUCCACCACCUCAUCUCUGUGAUUGUGAUGUUGCAGUUCAGUUCUUGUGUUUUUAGACUGUUAGACAAAGUGCGUGUGUGCAGCUCCAUAAUAUGGAAACAGAACAAAAGAACAAACCUAGUACCUUUUUUUAGAAACAGUACGAUAAAUUAUUUUUGAGGACUGUACAGUAUAUAGUGAUGUGCUAGAACUUUCUAGGCUAAUUUUAGUGCCCGUAUUAUUAAUAAUUCCCCCAGAAUAUGGAAAUAACCAUUGUUUACAGAGCUGAGCAUUGGUGACAGGGUCUGACAGGGUCAGUCUACUAAAAAUAAAUAA